CAGACCAAACAAACCUACAGUGAGGGGUGGAGAUAAAAAAAAACUAAACGCUCAUCAUGAAUGGCACAGAGGGACCAGACUUUUACGUUCCGAUGUCCAAUGUGACUGGUGUGGUGCGCAGCCCUUAUGAAUACCCGCAAUUCUACCUGGCCUCACCGAUGGCAUUCUACUGCGUCGCUGCAUACAUGUUCUUCCUCAUCGUGACCUGCAUUCCCGUCAACGGCCUCACAUUGUACGUGACCAUUGAAAACAAGAAGCUUCGAACCCCCCUGAACUACAUCCUUCUGAACUUAGCUGUGGCCGAUCUCUUUAUGGUGUUUGGUGGAUUCACCACCACCUUCUACACCUCCUUACAUGGAUAUUUCGUCCUAGGACGUGCCGGCUGCAAUUUGGAGGGUCUCUUUGCUACUCUUGGAGGUGAGAUUGCGCUCUGGUCUCUGGUUGUCUUGGCUGUUGAGAGAUGGGUGGUCGUCUGCAAGCCCUUCACCAAUUUUCGCUUCACGCAACUCCACGCCACCUUCGGUGUCUCUAUUAGUUGGCUAAUGGCUUGUUCGUGUGCCAUACCGCCUCUCCUCGGAUGGUCCCGCUACAUCCCUGAGGGCCUGCAGUGUUCAUGUGGAGUGGACUAUUACACGUUGAAUCCGGAGACUGAGAACGAGUCUUUUGUCAUCUACAUGUUCGUUGUGCACUUCUCAAUUCCUCUCACCAUCAUUUGUUUCUGUUAUGGCCGUCUGCUUUGCACUGUCAAGAUCGCAGCUGCCCAGCAGCAAGAAUCGGAGACUACCCAGAGGGCCGAGCGAGAAGUUACUCGAAUGGUAAUCCUCAUGCUCAUCGCUUUCCUAAUAUGUUGGCUCCCCUAUGCCAGCGUCGCCUGGUAUAUCUUCACCCACCAGGGGAGUCAGUUCGGUCCCAUUUUUAUGACCGUCCCAGCAUUUUUCGCCAAGAGCUCAGCGCUCUAUAACCCGCUCAUUUAUGUCUUCAUGAAUAAGCAGUUCCGUCACUCCAUGAUGGUGUUACUGUGCUGUGGAAAAGAUCCUUUCCAGGAUGAGGAGGAAGGAACUUCCACCUCGAAGUCCAAGACAGAGGCCUCAUCUGUCCCCAGCUCUGAAUCUUCUGCCUGAGGGUCAUGCUCUAGGCUAUUUGCAGAAUAUACAGUUCAGCUGCCUGCGACCUAUGAAAGCUACAUCCCUGUAAGGACAUAUGGAAAAUUCUGGCACGGCAGAUAGAGUUGUAUAGUUAUAUUUCAGUGGACGGACAUUUCAGUACAGCUCAGACUGUGGAUGGGAAUAUAUAAUUAUCUGUAUGAGCAAUAAUUAUUAUUAUUAUCAUCAUCAUCAUUAUGGUAACACUUUCUAAGAAGCUCAUUUUUAUAAGACAUUAUAAGGGUAUUCUUAAGGCAUUAUAAUAA